UACAUUUUCACUCCUUCCCAACUCGACUUCCUCUGCCCCACAAGGGCAGGCACACUGGUUGCUCGGCUCCAGGCAACAGAUGCUGACGCCGGUCUGAACGGUGAGGUGAGCUAUGCCCUGAAACUGGACCGGUCGCCUGGUCUGGCCAGCCUCUUCUUUCUGGACGAGCGAACUGGUGAGAUACGCUUGAAGCGCGACCUAGUCGAUCCGUCGGUCGAACAUUCGAACCGGCAGACUGAAACGUCGUCGUCAGGCGAGCCCAUGACCCCAACCAAUUCGGUCGUCGGCAACACAAACAAGACGACCAGCGUCGUUAGGCUCAGCCUCACUCCCGUCGGCAAGUCGGUCGUUCUGUCAGACGACGGAGAUUCAGGCACGGGAUCGGUCCAAUCGGAGCGCCCCAAACGUCAUGCCUUGUGGAGCAACUUGAGUACCCAACAUGACGUACAUGAGACUGGCUGGUCGAGUUAUCCCCAGCCUGUUGGUGUGCAGCGGUACGCGGAUUCCAGACGGCCGGUGCGCAAAGAAUCAGAAUCAGAAGACAGCCCAAGUGUUCCUAGGACGAGCAGAACAACUACAAGACAUAAAAAAGCUGUUCGCGACCUUGAAAAGGGGGACUGGCAGCAGCAGCAACAACAAAAACAACAACAACAAACAGAGGAAUCACAGGUUUAUCUACCUCUUCGGUUUGUCUACAACAUCAUUGUCAUGGUGAGUUAA